AGGAAGGGUUAACCUCCGCUGGCUGGAUGCCGAACUGUGGGUGCAAGUGGCGUAGAAACCCAGGGGAAAGAAUGAACCCGCAGAACAGUUAGUUCUUGGGUUGAUAUGGGUUGGGUUUGGAAGGACAGGAACAGAACAGAACGGAACGAAAUAGAGUUUCGACUUAGUUGCCCUGCUGGGGGAUCGACUUUUUGUGGUGUAGAUGUAGGUAGUACUAGUGGUUGGUUAUGGGGUAGAGUAGUAGGUCUACGUAUGUCUGGGGUUGCUUGGGACUGUGGUUGGGUUGAAUUUGGUUUGCUGAUGGCUUUCUUCUUCGGCUUGUAUGGAGUGAGGAUCUUAAGAGUUUAUGAUGGUUGUGGAUGGAGUGGGAAGAUUGUAUUAGGAAGACAAUCUGACAGCAACUAAUCUAGACGAAACAGUUUGAACGAAAGCAACAGAUGAAGAGUGAAUAAAUCAUGCUUCUACAAGAUACCUAUAUCCCUUGGGUGCAGCUAAGAAAAAAGCUGCGCAUUUGCAUAUCAUCAUCAAACAUCCCUUCACGAGUCGACAUCCUUACUGAAAGGAAAAUCGCGGAAAAACACAGCCGUGGCAAGUCGCAGUUCCAUGCGGGAUAGAUGAAUACCAAGACAACCUAUGCAUGGUUAGCUUCAAUAUAUUAGUAUAUCGUGUGAGAUGAUAAAUACUUACUGCGAGAUCCCGCCCCCAGAG